CGUGCUGUAUCUGCUAUGAUUGGUCUCAAUACAACCGAGAAAUACACAUCCGUCUGUCUUGACACCGGAUGCUCCGCUACUAUCAUAAAUACAGAUCUUGCUAGAUCGUUAGGAACAGAAAUACACCAUACCGAAGCACCCCUCAACGUCUCUGGCAUUGGUUCAAGACAUCAAGCAACAGAAUACACUAUGUUUAAGGUGUACAUCCCAAGACAACUACAUGAAGAUCGCCUAGUACAAUCGUAUGGUCAUCCGUCAUAUGCCGCCGUGACCAUCAAGGCCUAUUUGGUCGAAAAUCUUCGUCCAAAUCUGUUGAUAGGCACAGACACUAUAGGACGAGAAGGAAUCAUCCUAGAUUAUAAACGACAGACCACAUCUAUUCGUGGUUGUCAGAAUUUCGUCUUUCCUAUU